AUGAGAAUUAGGAGGUCGUUGUGUCUGAUCAGAUCAGGAUGCAUGUUGACAAGAUUCCGACAAAUUCCUCUGAACUCUCCAGUAAGCAGUAGUACCCCCGUGCGCGUGUUAGUUCGCGAACUGUGCAGCAGUCCUGAUAAGAUGGCAGCGCGUCUACCUGAUCCCGAUGUGAUGUUUGCGUCAGACAAGGAGAAGACGUUCCAGUUUCAGGAUAGUCUCCCUUCACUUCCUGUUCCAGACCUUCAACACACACUCAAGAAAUACCUUGAGUCAGUGAAACCUCAUGUCACACCUGAAGAGUACACAAAUACUGUGUCCAUCGUCCGUAAGUUUGAAACAGGAGUGGGCCAAGAGCUUCAGAAGAAACUACUGAACAAGGCACAGAAUUCCAGGAACUGGCUGGAGAAGUGGUGGGAAGAUGUUGCCUACUUUGAGGGUCGUUACCCAAUUGCCCCACUCGUCAACCUUGCUGGGCUAUUUCCUUAUGCUUACCAUUGUUACCCUGCAAAGGCCGGAACACAGAUCGAACGGGCUGGCAACAUUCUUCAUUACACACUCAAGUUCUGGGAACUCAUCAGAAAAGAGAGACUGAAGUCAGAGAAGGACAGCAAGGGCAACAGAUUCUGUAUGUCACAAUUCAGGAAGGCAUAUAACACAUGUCGAAUACCUGGAAUAAACAAGGACAAACUCCUCUCCUACUUCCUUACAGAUUCUGAGGGAACCUCACCAGGCCAUCUGACUGUGAUGUGCAGAGGACGAAUAUUUGCAUUUGAUGGUGUGAAUGCCAAUGGUGAAAUUCUGACUCCGCCUGAAAUUCAGUCCCAACUACAAAGGAUCAAAGAUGUGUGUGAAACCAAGCCUGAAGGACCAGGGCUUGGGGCUCUAACAGGGGAUGAACGCACAACAUGGGCAAAGACAAGAAGCCAACUGGUUGCUCUCCACCCCAAUAACUACACAAACCUAGAACUCAUUCAGUCCAGCAUUAUCAAUGUGGUCCUCGAUGACAGUGAACCAAAGGACAAUUCUGAUAUGUUCUACAUCACACUUACUGGUGACCCUGGGAACCGCUGGUUUGACAAGAGUAACACAUUCAUUUUCUAUAGUAAUGGACUCGGAUCAGCAAACUGUGAUCAUGCUCCAUGUGAUGGCAUGAUGUUUGUUACCAUGCUAUUGUAUACUGACCUUCACCUGAUGCAAUGUAAAGGAAAGUGGAAGGGAUCUAUGGAGAUUCGAGAACAACCACAGCCAGUGGAGCUUGAAUUUCGAGUGAAUGAUGAUAUACUGGCAGCAAUCAAAAAUGCAAAACAGCUCUUCAGGACAUCAGCUGAUAACCUGGAAGUUCUUACUCGUGAAUACACAAAGUACGGCAAAACAUUCCUCAGAUCGAAGAACCUCCAUCCCAGCACUCACAUGCAGAUGGCGCUUCAGUACACCUACUACAAGAUGUACAAAAAACCUGCUCCUACGUAUGAGACAGCAACAACACGACAAUUCUACCAUGCACGGACGGAAACUUUGAGGUCUUGUACCCAGGAGGCUCUAGAUUGGAGCAAGGCAAUGCUAGAUCCCUCAGUGAAGGAUGAGACACGAGUACAGAUGUACUUGGCAGCAGCCAACAAACACAAUACUCUGAUGAAUGAGGCAAAUCACCUCCAAGGGUGUGACCGUCACUUGCUGGGUCUAUCCUGUGUGGCAAAGGAGGAAGGAUUACCUCUUCCAGACCUGUACACAGACCCUUCCUUCACCAAAAGUGGUGGAGGAGGAUCCUAUGUUCUGUCCACCAGUUUUGUUGGAUACACACCGAUCUAUGGUUGUGUUGCUCCAAUGAUGGAAGAUGGGUAUGGAACUUUCUACAAGAUAGAAGCAGACAAAAUUGUUCCUGCUAUUUCUGUCUGGAAGUCAAGUCCUCAUACAGAUACAGUCAGGUUCUGUGAGGCUUUGUUUCAAAGUCUAGAUGAAAUGGGAAACCUACUUCAAAAAUCGAAACUGUGAUGGGACAUUAUAAAAUUCAAACUGUUUUGGUACAUGUAACAAAUUCCAAACUGUGAUGGGACAGAUUAGAAAAAUAUUUUAUGGGACAUAUUACAAAAUUCAUACUCUGGUGGGACUUAUUAACAAAUCUAAACUCUGAUGGGACACAUUAUGAAAAUCGAAAACUGUGAUCCAGAUCCAAUAAAAAAAAUGAUUGAAGGAUCCCAAGGCUCACACAAUUACUCAUUAACAUCAAAAUCUAAAAUGGAGAAAAUGUACUGUGAAAGUCAUUGUUUAUCUUUAAAAUCAUUACUUAUUUGAUCUCUAUGUAUUUUUUCCUUAAACUUACGGAUGGACACAAUUAGGUUAUUAAUCAAUCAUGCAGAAUCUAACUGCAAUAAUCUAGAAUGAAAAUGGGGAGGUAGAUUCGAGGAAAAAACUAGGGAAGCAAAGUUAACAGAUACAAAUAACACUGACUUUAAAUAAGGUACAUAUGUAAGUUUGAGCAGGAAAUAUGAUGACUAUCUUUGGGGUUAGAGGUCAGUGACUUGAAUUAUUUAAAAGAUAUAAAUAGCUGUGAUACAAUGACAUAAGGAAGACAUUCCAUCAUAAGAAUUGAUCAUCUUAUCACAGGUAAAGACUUAUUUUUUACCUGUAAGUACCAAGGUUUAUGAACGAAUUAAAGUUUCCAUUGGAAUCAUAAUUGUUUUUAUAUUCAUGUAUAAAAGGUUGUGUACACUUAGAUGUGUUCUUCUUAGAAACUUUUAAUACUGUGUCUGAGUUAGUUUGUGUUAUCCGUUAAAAAACUAUGGCUCGUCAAACUUAAAUAUUGACACAAUGUAUCUAUAGGAUGAAACCUAAUUAUAGGAUGGCACCUAUAGUAAUUGGUCAGCUGUUAUUUUUUACCUUUCCAUGUCUAAUCGGAAACCUUCAUACAUAUCUUUCAAUGUAACUGCUACAGUAUAAUGUUGUAGAAAUGUUUGUAUUUAACUGAUAACAUAUUCAGAUUGGAAAUAUAAGAUGCCAUUAGCAUACAU